UGGCAAUUCCAACCAUUGGAACCCAAUAUUCCAUGUUCCAAGCCACACCAGCCACCAAGGUGAUCGACGAUGGGAAGAUCCAUGCAAUGGAACAUAUCAUCAGUCCUAUCAGCGUCCAGCAGGAUCCAGCCAGCGCCGCCGCGGCCGCUGCAGUGGCAACAGGUGCUGUCAUACCUGCGGUGUCCACCCCGCCUCCUUUCCAGGGCCGUCCGAUAACUCCCGUGUACGCCAUGGCACCUAGUAUGCAGAGAAUUCCAGCCGCGGGAAUCUACGGCGCAGGCUACAUUCCCUUCGCGGCUCCUGCCACCACAAUUGCCACACUACAGAAGAACGCGGCUGCCGCCGCCGCAGCUUAUGGAGGAUACGCGGGGUACAUCCCGCAAGCAUUUCCAGCUACCGCCAUUCAAAUCCCCAUCCAUGAUGUCUAUCAAACCUACUGAGACUUGCUGGCCAAGGGGUGGGAUGGGGGUGUCACGGCUGGUCGAAGCUGAAGGAACAUUUUACUAUUUAUGAAGAAAAACCUACUGUAGAAUUUCAUGCUUGGAUGUCAGUAAACGGAGGAUAAAAAUCUGAACGUGAAGUUUCUCACCGAUACAGCAUCAUGUUUGAAAUCCUUUUAUACAGAUGAAGUUUUUACUAACUUUGUAGGCCUAUCGGGUUUUUGGGGUGUUUUUAUUUUAAAGAAAGGAAGAGAAAAAAAAACGCGAUGCGAAUUCCUACAUUUCUAACAUGGCUGGUUUUUGAAAGCUGUGCUUCCCCUUACAAGUUUAUAUUCCGUUGUAGAGUCUUUCUUUCUUUCUUUCUUUCUUUCUUUCUUUCUUUCUUUCUUUCUUUCUUUCUUUCUUUCUUUCUUUCCUUUUUAGCCGUUUUAUUUUCGCUGCGUUUGUGCUAUGAAGGUUAUUUUUUUUUUAGUUAAGUCCUGCACUCCAGAAUUAUCUAUUUUGUAGGGCCUUGAAUAAUAUAUCAAGUAAAUAUUAAAAAAAAAAGUGAGCCUUAAGUGGAUAGGGGGAAAGUUUUUUAAAGCAAUAUAUUUUGAAGACUAUAUUCGAUAUUUAAACCAUAAUGCAAGAGAUUUUUUUUAAAAAAAGAGAUAUAUAGAUGGAUACAUAGGUAGGUAGGUAGGUAGAUAGAUAAGUAGAUAGGUAGAUAGGUAGAUAGGUAGAUAGGUAGACAGACAGACUUACAAAUGUGUGUUUUAUUUAAGAAGUGAAACUGGAAAGUGCAAUUUGAAAAUUAUUGAGACUUCUGCAUUAUGAGAUUUCGGUGUGAUCUAGAGGCACAAGUGUCUUGUAGAAACCUCCCAUUAAAUACCAGAUCUUGUUAAAACGAUAUUUAAUGUUAAGGCUAAUUUUUAUUUUGCAUUCUCUAGUCUUAGAGAGUCAGGUUCUUUUUCUUUCUUUUUUUUCCCCAUUUUCACCCUCAGUGAAAUAAGUCAUUGUUGUCUUAGGAAAAAAAUAUCAUUUUUUCCUUCAUUUAUUACAAAGGUUGAUACUCCUAGGAUGGGAUAAUAAAAACAGCAACCCACAAUAUGUGAACUUUGAGAGGGCUUUGAUUGUUGACAAUCAAAGCCGCCUAGCUGUAGAUUUCAUUUUGUUUUUCGAGCAUGGUUACUUUGACAUUGGAAAUAUUAGACAUUUGGUCCUGUCCUAUCCUGAAGCUCAGGGGUUUAUUCAAGCAUAGAAUCAUGGUUUAUUUAGCCAUUCUCUUUCAAUGGCUUUAAAGAAAAAAAGGUCCUGAAACUUUUCAUCCAUGUGAAAACAGCACUCAUUUUAUCUGGCUUAACCGCAGCAAUUUUAAGAUGAGUAGUUUAGUUUAGUUUUAUUGGUCUUGUAUGCCGCCCACUCCCGAAGGAC